AUGAAGACAUUGGAAUUAUUAUCAAAGGCCCAGGCACUUAUUAAUAAGUUUCCUCCGGAAUAUGAGAAUGCCAAUAUUUUGUUCACUCAAGCUGUUAAAUUAGAUCCCUUAAACAGCAAUAUUCUUUCUGCGUAUGGUGAAUUUAUGUGUUCAAUUGGUAAUUUUGAUCGUGCUAAAGAGCUAUUAGAAAAAAGUAUUAAAAUUAAUCCAUAUGAUGAUUAUGUUAAAUAUUUCAGCCUUGCUCAGAUUCUAGAUGGUGAGGAAUCUUUGUUCUACUGGAGGAAGGGAAUAGAAAUACUAAGGGAAAAUAUAAAAAAUAUAAUGGAAAAAAGGGAAAAUGAUAAAUAUAGUAUUGAAAAGCUUGAUUUAAUGAGAGAUCAGCUUUGUAGUGCUUACUGUGCUAUUUCAGAGCUAUUCAUGACUGAUUUAUGUUAUAAUAAUGAAGCGGAAAGCCAAGUAAGAGAAAAUUUAGCAAAAGCAUCCGAAAUUAAUGAAGACCAUUUUGAAACUUUAUGUUGCAAAUUAAGUUAUUUCAAAACAAUCGAUGAUUUUGAAGAAUGUAAACUCUACGUUUCAAAAAUAAAACGUAUAUUGGAAAAUAAAUAUAAUCUUUGUGUUGAAUUUAAGGAUUUGGUCGAUGAGUACAAAGACAACGAAGUCUUAUUGCCUGAAUACUCUGUAAGACUAAAUCUAUCUAGAACGCUAAUUGAUCUGAAUGAAACCGAGUUAGCAGAGUUAGUCCUUAGUACAUUGUUAAAAGAAGAUGAAGAAGAUUGGCAAGUUUGGUAUCUACUAUCUUGGUGCAGUUUAGUUUCAGAAGAUGUAAACGGAGCAGUAGAAUGUUUUAAAUUAUUUGAAAAAUAUGGUAAUAAGCAUAUUCAAGAUACCGAACUUAAACAACAAUUUAUGUCUGAUAUUGACAAUUUGAAGUUAAAUAUUGAAAAAAUAAAAACAAGCAAAUAG